AUGUCCGUCAACAGACUCUUGGACUACCGCCUUUCCGGUCUGUCGAUGAUGAAUGCCCUGGAUCUCGACUCUGCAGAAUGCUUCCUUGCCUUCCGAGCGAUGAGGUCUUGGCCCAAGACCCUGCUGCCUCUCUUCGUCUAUGGCAUCGCCUGCUAUGGCGUGUUCGUCUCCGUCUACACCCUCAUAGCCGAUCGCCCGCGUAAAGCGGUAGGCGGCAGCUGCGCGGCGCCCAACAGCUGGAACAUCCCCACCGUUCCCAACUUCAGCGGCGGGAAUCGAUAUGCGGUCUUCCUGCCCACCUUUGCCGGACACUUCCACUACGUAGUUUCGUUCUUCCAGUCUAUACGCUGUCUGUGCGUCGACCACCAAGAAAUCCAGUUCAAGGUCAUCGUGUCCGACUCCGGCGAGGCGGCCGCCCUCCGGGAGCUGCUGGAUGGCUCGGAGCCGUGCGGAAAGACCUUUGGGCGGUGGGACGUGCCCAUGCAAAACCGCGAGAGACCGAUCACGUCCGUCGACGUUGUCAAUGUUUACGACAUCCUGCCUAAGGCGUUCCUGACGAGCGACGUGGCGCGCAACGACACGUCCAAGCUGCUCCAGGAACUCGGAAAAUUCGGCUAUCAGAGCGUCAAGAAAUUGGCCGCGGCUAUACGCUUCAACUAUGACUCUGCGCUGUGGCUCGACUCCGAAUCGAUCGCCGUGCGGCCGUUUAGCUUCCGCGAGACAUUUGAGGCCUACGUCAAGGCCCCUACGAUAUUUCGAUCCAUGAGGACCAGCACAGACUUUAUGAGGUCAAUCAUGGAGAACUCGGCCAAGGUUCUGGGGCGGUCCAUCACAUCGUUUGGCCCUGACGCCUGGACGCUGGAGAGUACGCAGUGGAUCAUCGAAAAGAAGGUCAUUUCGGACAUGGUGUUGCAGGUCGAGGGAGCCCACGAACGCGACUUCUGGAGCGUAUGGGCGGAGAACGGCGUGCCCUUCGAGAUCACCAUGUACAACCUGCACAUCAUGGCCCGGAAACUGGAGCUCGUGGAUACCGUCUUCUCUCGAUACCGAGUGAUGGAGACCGAGAGAGAGAUGCGCCACUUUGGCCUUGCGCCUGCUUUCCCCGGGGUAGACUUUCCAGAGAACGCUGGCGGGUUCCUGGAACGAGUGUGGUUCUUUCUGAAGAGACCCGAGAGCCAAGGCGAUCUGUCGGCGUUCCUGAGGAGAUAUGGCCAGCGACUUGUCCGACUUGACGAUCUGAAUGUCGCGCCUCCGGAUGUCAUCAAUCGAUUCUUGCUGGACACUCCGAUAGACCUCAUUGUCUCUGGCGCACCGCCGUUGCACGAGUGGUGGGUCGAGCAUCCAGGCAACAUCACGGAGCAGGCGCAUACAACGGCCGCAUGA